GAGAGAGAGAGAGUCUAUAUUAUGUAUAUAGAGAGAAAGUAGAAGGAGGUGAGAGAUAUGGGUUGGUUUCCAUGUUCUGGAGCAUUGAAGCAGACAUCAAAGAAGAGGAAGAAGAAGAAGAAAGAUUCGACUAAUUCGGUCCAACUGGGUUCCGAUAAGUUGAAGGCAAAGACUCUGUUAGGUUCAAAGGAGUAUGUCAAGGAUGGCGAGUCUGGUCAUAUUGGAGCCAAGAUUUUUACAUUUCGUGAAUUAGCAGUUGCAACAAGAAACUUUCGAGGUGAUUGUCUUCUUGGAGAGGGAGGAUUUGGAAGAGUAUAUAAAGGGCGGCUCGAUUCCAAUCAGAUUGUUGCCAUCAAGCAACUCGAUCGUAAUGGAUUGCAAGGGAACAGGGAAUUUCUUGUUGAAGUGCUGAUGCUAAGUCUGUUACACCAUCCUAACCUGGUAAAUUUAACUGGUUAUUGCGCUGAUGGAGAUCAAAGACUUCUGGUUUAUGAAUAUAUGCCACUAGGAUCAUUGGAUGACCAUCUUCAUGAUCUUACACCCGGUAAGAAAGUGCUUGAUUGGAAUACGAGAAUGAAAAUUGCAGCUGGAGCAGCUAAGGGCUUGGAAUAUUUACAUGACAGAGCAAGUCCACCUGUAAUAUACCGCGAUUUAAAAUGCUCCAACAUUUUGCUCGGUGAGGGGUAUCACCCGAAGCUAUCUGACUUUGGAUUGGCUAAGUUGGGACCUGUAGGAGAUAACACUCAUGUCUCUACUAGAGUUAUGGGUACUUAUGGGUACUGUGCACCAGAGUAUGCCAUGACUGGUCAGUUGACGUUAAAGUCGGAUGUUUACAGCUUUGGAGUCGUCCUCUUGGAGAUCAUCACCGGAAGGAAAGCAAUUGAAAAUUCAAAAACUGGAGGAGAACACAAUCUGGUUGCAUGGGCAAAACCGUUGUUCAGAGAUCGGAGAAAAUUCUCACAGAUGGCUGAUCCAAUGCUUCAAGGACAAUAUCCAGAAAGAGGCCUGUACCAAGCUCUAGCAGUUGCAGCAAUGUGUGUUCAGGAGCAACCUAACAUGCGUCCAGUCAUAGCAGACGUCGUCACAGCUUUAUCUUACCUUGCUGCACAGAAAUUUGACAGUGAUACUCAGGGAGUUCAAAAUUUGCGCUGGACACCUGCUACUCCACCUAGAACAAGACGUGAUGCUGAUAAGCGACAAAAGGGUGGCAGUUAUGAACCUAGAUGGUGAUAGGAAGACUAAACAAGUUGCUCUAUGAACAAGUACAUAAUAUCAAGACGAGUGACCUCUUGGAUUACAGCUAGUUGAAGCUAUAGAUCACAGUACAAACGACAAUCAAAUGCACCUCAAGUACAAGUUCAACCAAACGGAACUUGUAUAGUCAAUGACCACCAAAAUCUUGUACUCGGAAGUCAGACCAGUUAUGCUUAUCUUCCCUAAUAUCGAGCAUGUGAGUACGUAGUUGUUUCGUGUUAGUGCAGCUUAUGGUUUUGCUCACUUCCUGGUAGCCCUGCAUAGCUUGGAAAAGUAUUUUUUGUUGUACAAAGUGGGCUUGCCUAACCAUUUCCGUGUGCGUAAGUAUUGUAUUGUGAAAAGGCAAAUUAUGAUAUAUAAUGACAGACUCAAUGAUUGUAUUUAAUUAUAUUCUUUUUUAGCCAUA